AGCCUCAAUGACUCCCACAAUCAGAUGGUCGUUCACUGGGCGGGAGAGAAGAGCAACGUGAUCGUGGCCCUGGCUAGAGACAGCCUCUCCCUGCUGGGUCCCAAAAACAGUGACGUUUACGUGUCCUACGACUACGGGAAGAGUUUCAAGAAGAUUUCGGAGAGGUUCACCUUCGGCGGCGGGAACGCGAGCGAGGUGGCCAUCGCGCAGUUCUACCACAGCCCGGCGGACAACAGGAGGUAUAUCUUCGUGGACGCCUUCGUCCCGUACCUCUGGAUCACCACCGACUUCUGCCACACCGUUCAGGGCUUCUCCAUUCCCUUCAGAGCGGCAGACCUCCUCCUGCACAGCCGCAGCCCGAACCUGGUCCUGGGCUUCGACAGGUCGCAUCCCAGCAAGCAGCUCUGGAAAUCAGAUGAUUUUGGCCGGACGUGGAUAAUGAUUCAGGAGCACGUGAAGUCUUUCUCGUGGGGUGUUGAACCUUUCGAUAAGCCAAAUACGGUGUACAUAGAGCGGCACGAACCUUCUGGGGCUUCAACUGUCAUUCGCAGCACUGAUUUCUUCCAAACCCGAGAAAAUAAAGAAAUAGUCCUGGAAGAGGUUGAAGACUUCCAGCUCAGGGACAAAUAUUUGUUUGCCACAAAGUCUGUGCGUUUAUCGGGCAACUCGCAGCCGGCCUCAGUGCAGCUCUGGGUGUCCUUCAACCGCAAGCCGAUGCGAGUGGCCCAGUUCGUAACCAAGCAUCCCAUUAAGGAAUAUUACAUCGCUGAUGCGUCCGAGGACCAGGUGUUUGUGUGCGUCAGCCACGAUAACAACCGUACCAACCUCUACAUCUCGGAAGCAGAAGGCCUGAAGUUCUCCCUGUCUUUAGAAAACAUACUCUACUACAGCCCUGGAGGAGCGGGGAGUGACACCUUAGUCAGGUAUUUCGCCAAUGAGCCUUUUGCAGACUUCCACCGGGUCGAAGGCGUGCGGGGUGUCUACAUCGCCACCCUGAUAAACGGCUCAUUCAGCGAGGAGAACAUGCGGUCCGUCAUCACCUUUGACAAAGGGGGCACCUGGGAGCUGCUGCAGCCGCCGGCAUACACGCGUUACGGCGAAAAGAUAAGCUGCGAGGCUUCUCAGGGCUGCUCUCUCCACCUGGCGCAGCGGCUGAGCCAGCUGCUGAACUUCCAGCUGCGCAGGAUGCCCAUUCUCUCCAAGGAGUCGGCACCGGGACUCAUCAUCGCCACUGGCUCCAUUGGCAAGAACAUGGCAAGGAAAACCAACGUGUACGUCUCGAGCAGCGCUGGAGCAAGGUGGAGAGAGGCACUGUCUGGGCCCCACUACUACACUUGGGGUGAUCACGGCGGCAUCCUGGUGGCAAUCGCACAAGGCACCGAGACCGACCAGCUCAAGUAUAGCACAAACGAAGGGGAAACCUGGAAAACAUUCACUUUCUCAGAGAAGCCGGUGUUUGUGUAUGGCCUUCUUACCGAGCCAGGGGAGAAAAGCACCAUAUUCACCAUCUUUGGCUCAUACAAAGAGAACGGCCACAGCUGGCUGAUACUGCAGAUCAACACCACCGACGUGCUGGGGGUCCCUUGCACAGAAAACGACUACAAGCUGUGGUCACCCUCCGAUGAGCGAGGCAAUGAGUGUUUACUGGGGCAUAAAACUGUUUUCAAAAGGAGGACUCCUCAUGCGACGUGUUUCAAUGGGGAAGAUUUUGACAGGCCUGUCAUGGUCUCCAAUUGCUCUUGUACAAGAGAAGACUUUGAAUGUGAUUUUGGCUUUAAACUGAGCGAGGACUUAGCAUUAGAAGUUUGCGUCCCUGACCCUGAAUUUGCUGGAAAGCCGUAUGACCCACCAGUUCCUUGCCCUGUUGGCUCAACUUACAAGAAGACUCGAGGCUACCGAAAGAUCUCUGGGGACACUUGCGCAGGGGGAGACAUCGAAUCGCGCCUGGAAGGGGAGCUGGUGCCCUGCCCGCUAGCUGAGGAGAAUGAGUUUAUUCUGUACGCUACCCGCUACUCCAUCCACCGGUACGACCUCUCCUCGGGCGUCAGCGAGGAGCUGCCCCUGGCCGGGCUGCGAGGGGCCGUCGCCCUCGACUUCGACUACGACCACAACUGUUUGUACUGGGCCGACGUCACCCUUGACAUUAUACAGCGCCUUUGUCUCAAUGGCAGCUCAGGCCAAGAAAUAAUCGUCAGCACUGGGCUGGAAACAGUGGAGGCUUUGGCCUUUGAACCUCUCAGUCAAUUGCUUUACUGGGUCAGUGCUGGGAUUCCAAAAAUUGAGGUUGCCAAUCCAGAUGGAGACUUGCGACUUACUGUCCUGAACUCCUCGAUCCUGGAACGACCCAGAGCCCUCGCUCUGGUUCCCAGAGAAGGGUUGAUGUUCUGGACUGACUGGGGAGACUCCAGGCCCGGCAUUUACAGAAGUGACAUGGACGGCUCAUCGGCCGGCUGCAUCGUCUCGGAGGGCGUGCGGUGGCCAAACGGCAUUUCUGUGGAUGACCACUGGAUCUACUGGACAGAGGCCUACAUGGACAGAAUCGAGAGGGUUGACUUCAACGGCCUCCAGCGGUCCGUGAUCCUGGACAGCCUCCCUCACCCCUACGCCAUUGCCGUGUUUAAGAAUGAAAUCUACUGGAAUGACUGGUCACAGCUGAGCAUUUUUAGAGCGUCCAAAACCAGCGGCUCAAGAAUGGAGAUUUUAGUUGGGCGAUUAAACGGGAUCAUGGAUAUGAAAAUAUUUUACAGAGGAAAGACGACAGGACAGAACGCCUGCAUUGCCAAGCCCUGCAGCCUGCUCUGCUUGCCCAAGUCACACAACGGCAAAAGCUGCAAGUGUCCCGAGGGUGUUGCCAGCACCGUGCUGCCUUCAGGGGAGGUCAAGUGUGACUGUCCUCACGGCUAUGUCAUGAAGAACAGCACCUGUGUGAAGGAAGAAAACACCUGCCUGCCGAACCAGUACAGAUGCUUCAAUGGGAACUGCAUAAACAGCAUUUGGCAGUGUGACAACGAUAACGACUGUGGGGACAUGAGCGAUGAGAAAAACUGCCCCACAACGGUGUGCGACGCCGAGAGCCAGUUCCGCUGCCAAGGCUCCGGCACCUGCAUCCCGCUCUCCUACAAGUGCGACCUGGAGGACGACUGCGGCGAUAACAGCGACGAGAGCCGCUGCGAGGCCCACCAGUGCAGAAGCGACGAGUUCAGCUGCAGCUCCGGGAUGUGCAUCCGCCUUUCCUGGAUGUGCGACGGCGACAACGACUGCAGGGACUGGUCAGAUGAAGCAAACUGCACUGCAGUAUCCCACACCUGCGAGGCCUCCAGCUUCCAGUGCCAGAACGGCCACUGCAUCCCGCAGCGGUGGGCCUGCGACGGCGACGCCGACUGCCAGGACGGCUCCGACGAGGACCCUGCCACCUGCGAAAAAAAGUGCAAUGGCUUCCAGUGCCCGAACGGUACUUGCAUCCCAACCAGCAAACACUGCGACGGCAUCAACGACUGCUCCGACGCCUCUGAUGAGCAGCACUGUGAACCCCUGUGCACUCGCUACAUGGAUUUUGUGUGCAAGAACCGGCAGCAGUGUCUGUUCCACUCCAUGGUGUGCGACGGCAUCGUCCAGUGUCGGGAUGGGUCAGAUGAAGAUGCCAACUAUGCCGGCUGCUCCCAGGACCCCGAGUUCCACCGCACCUGUGACCAGUUCAGCUUCCAGUGCCAGAACGGUGUAUGCAUCAGCCUGGUGUGGAAGUGUGACGGCAUGGAUGACUGCGGUGACUACUCCGAUGAAGCAAACUGUGAAAACCCGAUGGAAGCCCCCAACUGCUCUCGGUACUACCAGUUCCAGUGCGGGAACGGCCACUGCAUCCCCAACAGGUGGAAGUGCGACGAGGAGAACGACUGCGGCGACUGGUCGGACGAGAGGGAGUGCGCGGGUUCUCCGGUUCUGCCCAUUACUACAUCGAUCCCACCAACAUGUUUGCCUAAUCACUUCCGUUGCAACAGUGGCGCCUGCGUCAUCAACAGCUGGGUCUGCGAUGGAUAUAAAGACUGCGCAGAUGGCUCCGAUGAGGAAGCCUGCCCUACUUUACGACCUAAUGUAACUGCCACCUCCCCAGCGCUCCUGGGCCGCUGCAGCAGGUUCGAGUUCGAGUGCCAGCAGCUGAAGAAGUGCAUCCCGAACUGGAAGAGGUGUGAUGGCUUGCGGGACUGCCAGGACGGCACUGACGAGAGGAACUGCCCUACUCACAGCACCCUGUCAUGCCCUAAUGGAUUUAAGUGCGAAGACGGAGAGGCCUGCAUUAUGCUGACAGAGCGGUGUGAUGGAUAUCUGGACUGCUCAGACAGCAGUGAUGAAAGAAACUGCACUGAUGACACAAUCGUAUACAAAGUCCAGAACCUCCAGUGGACAGCUGAUUUCUCUGGUGACGUCACUUUAACGUGGGCUCGGCCCAAAAAAAUGUCCUCGACCUCCUGUAUCUACAACGUGUAUUACAGGACGGUUGGUGAAAGCAUUUGGAAGAUUAUGGAAACGCACAGCAACAAAACGAACAGUGUUUUGAAAGUCCUCAAGCCAGACUGUACCUAUCAGGUGAAAGUCCAAGUGCAGUGUCUCAGCCGAGUGUACAACACCAACGACUUCAUCACCCUCCGCACACCCGAAGGACUACCGGAUGCUCCCUUUAACCUUCAGCUGUCCUUAAAAAAAGAAGCUGAGGGGGUGGUGACUGGCUGCUGGAGUCCUCCUGUGAACACCCACGGGCUCAUACGGGAGUUCAUUGUGGAAUACACCAGAGAUGGAUCCAAGGAGUGGUCAUCCCUGAGAACAACCAAGAACUAUACUGAGAUCAAGAACCUACAGGUCAACACAUUAUACACCGUUAGAGUUGCUGCAGUAACUAGUCGAGGAGUGGGAAACUGGAGUGAUUCCAAAUCCAUAACCACCAUAAAAGACAAAGUCAUUCCUCCACCUGUCAUACGUAUUGAGAGCUACAGUGAGGACUCCAUAAGUUUCACCCUAAAAAUGAAUACUAAUAUCAAGGUCAGCGGUUAUGUUGUGAAUAUCUACUGGACAUUCGAUACACACAGGCAAGAGAAAAGGACUCUGAUCAUAGAAGGAGAAAAGUCAGUCCAAAAAGUGGCAAAUCUGACAGCACACACCCCCUAUGAAAUCUCUGCGUGGGCUAAGACAGAGCUGGGUGACAGCCCUCUGUCCUUCGUACGUGUCAUGACCAGUGGAACAAGGCCUGCAUCUCCAAGUCUCAAAGCCAAGGCCAUCAACCAGACUGCAGUGGAGUGCAACUGGACCGGACCGAGGAAUGUUGUCUAUGGCAUCUUCUAUGCCACAUCUUUCCUAGAGCUCUAUAGGAGCCCUCACAACACCACCACUACUUCACACAACAUCACUGUGAUCGUGAACAGGGACGAGCAGUACUUGUUUCUGGUCCGUGUGAUGUCUCCCUACCAAGGGCCACCCUCUGACUACGUCGUGGUGAAGAUGAUCCCAGACAACCGGCUCCCGCCUCGGCACCUCCAUUCUGUGCUCACCAGCAAGACGUUUGCGGUCAUUAAGUGGGAAUCGCCCUAUGAUUCACCCGACCAGGAUAUGUUAUAUGCUGUUGCAGUUAAAGAUUUAGUAAGAAAAACAGAUAAAAUCUACAAAGUGAAAACCCGGAACAGCACAGUGGAGUACACCAUUAAAAAACUCGAACCCGGAGGCAGAUACCAUGUUACUGUUCAACUGGGAAACAUGAGCAAAGAAUCCAGUGUUAAAAUCAACACAGUUCCUCUCUCUGCACCAGAUGCCUUAAAAAUAAUAACAGAAAAUGACCAUAUUCUACUUUUUUGGAAGAGUUUAGCAUUAAAGGAAAAUAAUUUUAAUGAAAGCCGGGGUUAUGAGAUUCACAUGUUUGACAGCUUGACGAACAUCUCGGCUUAUCUUGGGAACACCACGGAAAACUUCUUCAAAGUUUCCAACCUGAAGAUAGGUCACAACUAUUCAUUCUCGGUUCAGGCCAGAUGUCUGUACAGCGGACAGAUGUGUGGGGAACCGGCCACGCUUCUGUAUGAUGAACUAGGAACAGGUGAAGACUUCUCUGCAUCGAAAACUGGUAAAUCCACAGAUGUAGCAGCCAUCGUGGUACCAAUAAUGUUCCUGUUGCUUGUGACCCUGGGGAUUGGGUUUGUUGUGUUAUACAUGAGGCACAGGAGACUGCAGAACAGUUUCACAGCCUUCGCAAACAGCCACUACAGCUCCCGCCUGGGGUCGGCCAUAUUCUCCUCAGGUGACGAUUUAGGAGAUGAGGAUGACGAAGCUCCAAUGAUAACUGGAUUUUCAGAUGAUGUUCCCAUGGUCAUCGCAUGAGGCGUGUUUCUGAUUGUAAAAACCAAAUGGUGUAAAUAUUUUAUUUGAUAAAAAUAAUUAAUUGUUUAUUUUAAAAAUGCACUUUGAGUUGCAAUACGUUAUUUUUAUAUGGGCCAAAAAUUAAAAAAAAUACACUUUGUAGUAAUCAACUGUGAAUUGCAAACUAGGUUGAUAUAGUAACAAAUUGCUUUGAUUUAACAUUAAUUUAGUCUUACAAGGCUAUGCUUGCUGGGCAUGCUCUUAAGUCUGUGAGAUACUUUCCGUUGACUAAAUUGGCUACUCAUUUUAUUUUUCUAAGACAAGAAUAAAUUUAUUUAAAAAUAAUUCAGGAGAUUAUAUAUAUGUAGAGAGAGAGAAGUAAUAUAGUCCCUGAAGGUCUUGCUUUUACUGAAAAAAAAAAUCCUUUGGACUUUGUUUUAUAUGAAAGUAUUUUUGUUGUGUUAAUUUAUUGGGAAAUCUGCUCGAGAACAGAUUUCCAAAGUCGUCAGACAUUGUACACAUUAUUGUGUAGAACACGUGCCACUUCCUCUUGCAAGGCGGUAGUAUUUUGGCAUCCCAGUCAUUGUUCUUGCCAUGAUAAUAAAAAAAUCCUUAUUUUUACAUAUUUUUCCCAUUAUUAAAAGACACACAAUCUUGCAGAAAGCUGAGAGGCAGAGAUACUUGAGCACAUGCUGAAUUCUAACUGUGAGCUCAAAGCCCCUAGACUGCAGCAGGAUUUAAGCGAGUGCUUCAGUGCUUGGCUAAACUGGGGCCACGAGGCCUAAAACGAGGCGCUUAGGUUGCUACGGGCAUCCCGAAAGCUAAAAGCAGCCUGGUCGGACGAAGGGCAGCAGCGCCAAAGCACGCUGCCGGGUCACGGCGCAGGGCGCAUCGCACCGCGGCACGAGCCCGGGGCUCCUGGGUUCGGCCCGGACCUCCUGGUGGCCACGCCACCCUGCACCAUCCCUGGCACCUCCCCUGCCCCGAACCCUGCAGUCACAGAACUGUAAUUUAUACCAGCAGGUUGACUGAAAAAAAAAUGGCCACUAUCUUUAAAACACUCGUCUCAAGACACAUCUUCCAGCGUAAUUAGCAAACUUGCUUUCCUGUACGGAGCAUCUUUAAGAUGGUCAUAUGCUGAUGGGACGGAAGGGGGAGCCUCCACUGUGGGAAGCUAGAAAAACGCUCCGCUUGCAGAUUUCCCACUGUCUUGCAAAGAGGCAAUUACUGCAAAUCUAAAUUCAUUUGGCUUACAGCAGGGAGUCUGUGCUCCUUCCCUAAAAGUAGCUGCAGUCGUACCUUCAGCUUUAGAGGUAACAUAUAUAUAUAUAUACACACAUACAUAUAUACAGAUCACUAGUCAUUUUGCGGUUACUGUAUACAUAAUACCGGCUACCGAGCUAAAAAGUCAAAAUGUCUGGUUACCAUUGUCUAGCCUUUUUUUUUUUUUUUUUUUUUGUGAUAGCAAAAUGUGAAUCUCACCAUAAAUCAAACUACUUGCCAGCCCACGAGCGAGGACGUGAGUGAGUGUUCAUGGGUCACGCCUCGCCAUACUCGAUAUAUGCAAAGCCCAAUAGUAAAAUACAACACACUGUCUUGUCACACUAUUUUCUUUGUUUAAACCAAAAGUAUUUUUGUUGUGUAAAUGAAAUUAUACUUGCAGUCUUCCUACAGACGAAAUGAGAAGGGCCAACUAUGUUUUGAUACAUGACUGAUCCAUUUAAUUUCACAUACAGAAAAUGUAUAAAACAGUUGAAGUUCUGUAUGGUUUGAUACACUAUAGAAAUACUAACUCUAUUUUCAAUUACUGGUGUUAUUGUUCCUGGUGACAAUUUUUUCCCCUGAAGCUGGGACCAAACUAUGAUCAGAUUUUAUAAAUAGCAGUGAUCUUACAGAGCUGCAACAUUUUUACCUAGUUAGAGGGUCAGGUGCUGCUGUUCUGGGGUAAAAUUUUUGAGUAAAUCAGCACAGCAUGGCAUAACCCAUUUUUUUCAAGAAUUACAGCUACGUACGGAGAUCAGAAUCUGACCCAGAGGCAAAACUAUUCAAGCAAUCUAAAUCAAAAGAUUUGAUACAUGUUUCGCUGGGAAAUAAAGCCUAAAUGCAGAGCUAAAGAGGGCUGAACCUCUUCUUUAUUAAGCAGGUAUUUCUGGCACAGGUAUUACAAUGCAAUAUCCCAGAAGAGAGUACCUCUCUAGUGAGCAUUAGUACUGGUUAAAUUCUGUUGCUUUCCUCCCUGGCAUAAAUCCUGUUUGAGCCAGGCAAGGCUCAAGAAUUUAGCCUGUCCCAUGUCUUUCUGUAGAAGGCAGAUAGCAAAGGACGAAGCUCAUUACCAUUUUAAUAUUCUGCAGAAAUCCUUUGGUCGGAUGUUUUCAAACAUCAGCAGGGUGACAGGUCACUUCUGGUCACCCUGAAAGGUCCCUUUGUACUGGCAGCUCAGCGACGCUUGUACAGAGCUAAGACUAUUGCCAGUGAAAUGUUUGGCUGGAAUGUGACCUUCAAAAACAACCUCGUGGUUAAGGGUGCCUCAGUAACGCCGCGCUGGUGGCGUAAAGCCCCUGCGUUGCGUUGGCUCUGCCCGUAGACUCCGUGCAGCGUCGCGGACCUCGCACGAAGCCGAGUCCCCGCUGCGGGCGCAGCACUAGGCAGCCCCUACCCUCAGAAACUUGCUCCUCGUUGCAAAAAUUACCACUGUGCUCUCAGCAAAGCAUCUUUACAGGGCUAGCUGUAUUUUGUAUAGAGAUAGAAAAUUCUAAGCCCCAGGCAGGGGGUGAGCAGGACAGGUGCAGUUUUGAGUAAAAUGUAUAUUUUUAUGAAGUUUUGAAGCACGGAAUCUUGUUCAUGGAGAUGUAUAUGGGGUGGGAGGGCUCUGUUGUACAUAUGGCACCUGGAUGUGGCUGUAUAUUUUGUUCUUGUUUUGUUUCAGUAGCUUUAUGCAAUGUCAUGUGAAUUGCUAUCCAAAAUUUUGGGAGGUGACUAGGGCUUACCUCACUGUAACACAGUGAAAUGUCUGGAUCCAUAAGGGAAAAAACGAGUGCAGGAAGUUAAUUGGUAUUUGAGUCCACUUUAGAUUGCCCUGCAGAGGCAAGCUGGUACUCUUAAGUCCAUUUGAAGAGAGGACAAAGGUUGCACUUUAAAAUCUGGUGGUGGUUUGCACUGUGGAGGGUUUUGCCUUCUUUUGCUUUUUUAUGUGAAAGUACAAGGAGGUGCCAUUUUCCAGGCUUGAAAUCUGACCACCCUUCCAAGGCCAAAAAAAAGCGGUCCUUUCAGUCUGAGCAAAGCACAUCACUUCUUCGAACGUCAGCUGCCUCAGCCAUAAAAUGGCUGCAGGAGGUCCGCACCCCACCGUGAGCCCCCUCAUCUGCUCCCUUGCGCGAAGGAGCCGGCCAGGACAUGAGCUCGCAGCUCCUCUGCUGCCUGCCUGCCUCCUGCCGGCACCCCGGCGAAACGCUGAGCGUCAUCUCUUAGAGGGGUGAAGCACGUCGUGUUGACCGCAGGGGAAAAUUGUGCAGGGAGAGCUUUAAUCAGAGACUAGCUGGCGUGCGGUAAGUUCACGCGCUAGCUCACCCUGCCGUAACUUGUUCGUGCGCCCAGAUCUUGAUACAGCACUAGCAGCAGAGAUCUGCAGAUUUAGAACUGGGAAAAGACUAUUUUUCUUGGACAGGGACCAAGUUUCGUAUACAUAUAUGCAAGCACUUAAUAGCCGGAAAGAGGAGGAAGGGCCUACAAGAGUGAGUGAGGACAUGCCACGAAACUUCUGGCCACUGCCAUCCACGUGGUCUUGUGGCCUCAUGGCCAAGUGGCACUAAUGGACCUUUGCGUUUGCAGGCUGCUCAGGUCACUAAGACAACCAAAAGGGCUGGACUAUUUACUGUCAUCCUCUUUCUAGACUCAUCAAGAGAGGCCCAAAACUUACAUUAGCCAACAGGGAAAUCCCACCUGAGCCAGGUAAUCUGCAGGAGGAACAUACCCUUUCCUGGCAGGGAAUAUUUAAAUCUCUUGAGAUCACUUUACAAGGACAGAGAAGUAUUUAAAGAAAGACUUAACUAGCGUGCCAGUGGAAAUGUAAAACUGUAUUUGGAAAGACAAAACAACAUCUUCCAAAACGAAUUUCAAGUCUCCUUCAAAUGGACUUUAGAAUGGAAAUGGUGUAAUUGAGUUAGUGACCCUUGGAUCCAGCAAACAUCUUCAUUUUUGGUACGAGCUGGAGGAGUUGUAACUAGUCCUUCACAACUUGCAGCAGUCUACUAGCAGCCAGUCUCUAAAGAAUUUUUUUUAGAGUUAGCGUCAACCAUUACUCUGGUUCCUUAAGUGAAGUUUAAUAAUGUACCAUUUGAAUAUCUACUCUGAGUUUUUUUUUUCUCUGUCACCGAUUUCUGCUAUGUUAAUAUUGCACAAUUUUGAAGGAAUUUUUGUCUGUCAGAUUUUUUUCACUUAAAAAUAAUAAUAAAA